ACAUAUACCAUGAUAAUUUUCUUCUUGGCGGCUGCCAACAUCGUCCGAGAGGUCAUGCUCUAUGGGACUGCGUGGAGUUUGUAUAACAGUGCUUAAGAAUUAACGCUCACUAGUUGACUAAUCUUUAGCCAUUUUUGUAACCUCGGCCUGCGCCAUGGUCAUGUUCUUGCCCUUAUCUGUCGCGGGGUCGUUUUUUGCGCUAGUGUUAGGAAGAUGGUACCGGAUGGACGUUUUACCGAAUUUACACCCUCAGAGUGACUCCAUGAGUUCUGGUGUUGAGGAAUUAAGGAUUGACAAACCGGGAAUGGCGGAUAUCAGCAACCUUGCUUUGGAUGGCGACGUUGUCUUGCGCGUUACAUCCCCCGCGCCAGAGAACAGUUAAUUCACCAUAUCAGUUAUUUUUAAAAUUCAAAGUUUUUUUUUUUAUCUCUGGUUUUAAUUCAUAAAUUGGCUAUUGGCCCCACUUUCGCAAAUUCAAAUUUGGCAAGCUCCGUCUGCCAGAUUCCGC